AUGCCAUCGUCUGUUGCAAUUGAUCCCGUUGUGACCCUGUCCCCUCCAAAUCACAAUUGGAGGAUCAAAGUGAGAGUUGUUCGACUAUGGAUUGCUGAUGGGUUUGCUGGGGAAAACAAACCUGCUUCAAUGAAGUUGAUUUUACUGGAUCAACAUGGUGGAAAAAUCCAAGCAACUGUGAGGAAGCUCAUGUUUAGGAAGUGGGGUGAACAGUUCGUGGAAGGAAAUGUUUAUAUCAUUACAUUUUUUCACUUGAUCCCCAAUUUGGGUGCCUAUCGACCUACUGAUCAUGCUUUUAGGAUUCUUUUUAAUCCUAAAACUAAGAUCAUUCCAGCUGAGAGUAGCAUUAUCCCAAGGUGGGGAUUUUCUCUGAAGGAUUCUGCUCAACUUAAUGAUGAUGGCUUCCAGACGGAAUACUUAGUUGAUAUGAUUGGUUUGUUGACAGCUACCUCUGAGGAAAGGACUUAUGUCAAGGAUGACAUUGUUACAAAGAUGAUGUUGCUUGAAAUUAGUGAUGACAAAGGAAAACUGGAGUGUGCCCUUUUUGGAGAGUAUGUUCAGAUUGUAUUGGACUACCUUAGUUCUAAUCCUUUGGAAAAGCCUGUUGUGGUUCUCCAGCUUGCAAAGCUUAAGUCAUUUAGAGAUACUUUUUUAUUUAUACAAGGAAUGAUAAUCAUAUUGGAUUUCCACUUAAUUUCUGUUGUUUUUAUUAUAGGUAAGAAUGUUCUUCAGAAUGUAAUGAAAGCAUCGAGGAUUAUCUUUAAUCCUGAGGUUGCUGAAGCUGAAUCUUUGAUGGACCGCAUAUCUGGCCUUAAUAUGCAGGCCAAUCAACCUGUGGGGCAUAUUAUUUCUCCUAAUCCUUAUGUUCCAAUUUUUGAAGAUUUUAUGAACAACUAUCCUAAGAAAACUAUAUGUGCUUUGAAUGAAACUACUGAGAUGAUCCAUGGUGGUAUUUUGCAUGCAAGUGUCACAAAGCUGUGA